AUGAAAUUCGCCAAGGAGCUGGAACAGCAACUGGUUCCAGAGUGGCGUGCCAAAUAUCUAGAUUAUAAGACCGGCAAGAAGAAAGUCAAAGCGAUUUCUCGCGCUCUCCAAAAAACCUCUCGAAGCCCCAGUCACCCCUCUCUUCAACAACACAAUGCUUCCGCGCAUGACGACCAAGAUGACCGUCCUGCUGGUUCUGAUGGUCCGUCCCCAUUCCGACGCUCCAGUAGCAGACUCGAUGCCAAUGAUCCCUCCCACAUUCCUUCCACCCCUAUAAGAAGCAGUGGUCCUACGCCACGCUCACCGCGCUCGGGCUCUAGCCGCAGCGAGCGUCAGCCCCUGCGUGUACCCGGCUCUAGGUUUUCAGGCGUCAUUGGAAGCUACGGAAGUAUCGUUCCCUCUCCACCGCUGAACGCUGCAUCAUCGGAUGUCGCCUCCCUUCGACUGCCAGAUCCCGCGAUCGACCCAAAGCAUAAUGACUACUCGUCGGAGAGGGAUGCGGAGCAGACCAGUGUACCUGAGACACCGUCGCCGGUGAUGUCGCGACAUGCGAGCACACGAACUGCGACCAAGGGCAUAGUUCAGCGGAGUCCUGCGACGCCCCAGAAGGAUCAUAAGCGGAAUGCAACCCCAGGCCCUCCAAACCGGAGAGGAUCGUUGCUCCAGCGCGUCCUGUCCUAUCCGGACUGGGAUUCCCCCGAGAAGCGUGGAGCGGAUGGAUCAUCUGAGUUCGAGAAGCGCCAGGACGAGUUCUUCGCCUUCUUGGAUAACGAGUUGACCAAGAUAGAAUCUUUCUAUCAGAUGAAGGAAGAGGAGGCCGCAGAACGCCUCAAGGUGCUUCGUCAUCAGCUGCAUAUCAUGCGGGACCAACGCACACAGGAAGUUCUAGGUGCCAAGUUGGCCCGGCCAGAGAAAGAAGGAAUGCCAAAGUCUCAUGCAUUCGGCCCCCUAGGUGGCCUCGCUGGCUUCGGCAUACGCGGCGCUCUCACUGGACGUCAUUUCGGGAAGAACUCUAAAGCCCUUGCAGAGUUGGGCACCCCUUCAGCAGCCUUACAAGGACAGGAUCCCGACCAUACAGUGUCGCGUCGCGAUUUCAUCCGUCGGCCCGAGGACCCGACCAACAGCGAUGUCUCCUACCGCUCCGCUAAAAGGAAGCUGAAGCACGCGCUUCAGGAAUACUACCGCGGUGUGGAGCUGCUCAAGGCGUACGCCUACCUGAACAGGACUGCCUUCCGUAAGAUCAACAAGAAAUAUGACAAGACUACUAAUGCGCGUCCUGCGCAGAGAUACAUGUCUGAGAAAGUCAACAAGUCGUGGUUCGUUCAAAGCGAGGUCACUGAGAAUUUGCUGUCUGCUGCAGAAGACCUGUACGCUCGUUACUUCGAGCGCGGCAACCGCAAGAUCGCCGCUUCAAAAUUGCGCCACACUAUCAAUAAAUCCGGCGAUUAUUCUCCGUGCACGUUCCGUGCCGGUGUGCUCUUGAUGGGUGGUGUCCUGUUUAGUGCUCAGUCAUUAGUAUAUGCAGUGCAGAACCUUCAUGAUCGGGAUGGUGAACUAAAGACUCAUACAAGCUACUUGCUUCAGAUAUAUGGGGGCUAUUUCCUCGUUGUACUUCAUUUCCUAUUGUUUUGCCUAGACUGUAUGGUCUGGACUCGGGCCAAGAUCAACUACGUCUUUGUGUUUGAAUAUGAUACCAGGCAUGCAUUAGAUUGGCGUCAGCUUACUGAGCUGCCGUCGUUUUUCUUCUUUCUGCUGGGCCUCUGCAUGUGGCUCAAUUUCAUGUCAGUUAAUAGCAUGUAUAUUUAUUGGCCUGUUGUCCUUGUCGGCUUGACCACGGUCCUUCUUUUCCUACCCGUGCGGACACUGUACCACCGCAGCCGCAAAUGGUGGGCAUAUUCUAAUUGGCGUCUACUUCUGGCAGGGUUCUAUCCUGUUGAAUUCCGUGAUUUCUUUCUGGGAGACAUGUAUUGCUCCCAGACAUACGCCAUGGGUAAUAUCGAGUUAUUCUUUUGUCUCUAUGCACAUUAUUGGGGCAACCCUCCCCAGUGCAAUUCUUCGCAUUCCAGGCUGCUUGGGUUCUUUACCUGCCUACCGGGCAUCUGGAGAGCUCUGCAGUGUCUGCGACGUUACGCAGAUACGAGGAACGUCUUCCCGCAUUUGCUGAAUUUUGGCAAAUACACGUUCACCAUUCUAUACUAUGUCACUCUGAGCUUGUACCGCAUUGAUAAAGCGGAACGCUUCCAGGCUACGUUCAUCACCUUUGCGCUGCUCAACGCCGUGUAUGUGUCGGUUUGGGACCUUGUCAUGGAUUGGAGUUUGGGGAACGCCUACGCCAAGCGCCCGUUGCUGCGCGAUGUCCUGGCGUUCCGUCAAGCAUGGGUAUACUAUGUUGCGAUGGUCAUCGACGUCAUCGUGCGAUUCAACUGGAUCUUCUAUGCCAUCUUCACGAGGGAUAUGCAGCACUCCGCGUUACUCAGCUUCUUCGUGGCGCUGUCAGAAGUCUGCCGACGAGGUAUCUGGACGAUCUUCCGUGUGGAGAAUGAGCACUGCACCAACGUCCUGCUGUUCCGGGCGUCCAGGGAUGUGCCUCUGCCAUACCAGGUCUCCCUCCCGCCAGCGCAGGUUGACCAACAAGCAGAUGGUGUGCCCCUGGAAGAGCAGCAACCGCAAGCACACGAUGUGGAGCACGGCACCCCGUCCACUCCAGGCAUGUCGGUCCGCAAUCGCGGCCUCUCCCGUGUCGGCUCAUUGCUGGCUUCGGCGCAUGCACAGGACUUUCAGCGGAAGAAGCGUCCGGGCCAAGAUCCAGGCGAUCAGCCACUCCGUGGCUCAGAGGAUACCCCGGAUGACUCCACUGACGAUGAAUACCACGACGGCAGAGCGUCCUUGGAUGAUGAUGUGAUAAUGGAAGAGCUUCCGUUCCACGAGGAGCGGAACUAG